AUGGGUAGGCCAGGUAUUCCGGCAAGGCCUCGGCGGACGAAACAGAGGAGACAACUCAGCCACCGGGGGACUCGGUGCGUCGGUAUCGGUGGACGUCGUCCACCCGGGUUCGCAGUUGUAGUUCUUCAAGUUCCCACACCCCCUCCUGAUUCCUGACGAUUUACCGCGUACAUAUCUUGUUUGGGAAUGGGGUGAAUUUGCUGAGGAACAGACUCGCUUUUUGUUCAAACCUCGCGGCCUCGGAGGAGGUCGACUCGGGGAUGAGCUCAAGUUGCAGGCUUUUGCCGGCAAAUUGAGCUCGAUACAGGUCGGGGCCCUGCGAAAAGGGCGGCCGCAAUUUGUCGCCCCGGAGGUCCGCGACUCGGGACGACUCCG